AUGGAAUGGGUAGAAGCAGUCAAUUCGAAAAUAGAAGCUGAGGAUGGAGAGUAUGUUUCGCAGCUAUUUGGCACAAGUACAGAUAUAGAUGAGAGACUGAGGAGCAUGGACCUUUACAAGGUUGCAAGUCCGUUCAGCACUCUUCUUGGAUACCAAGCAGAAUUUUUGGCAGAGAAAAGUUACGGCUCGUCCGAACAGCUAAUAAGAAAUGCAGUGGAAACCAUUGGGAGAGAAAAGUGGACAGGACCUAUCAUCAAAAGAAUUGCACACGGGCUUCUUGAGCUUCGAAACCAAAGAAAUUCUGGAAGGAUGAGCAGGCUCUUGUUGGACAUGUAUAGAAAACUGCUGGAGCAGGAAAACCCAUCAUUUGCCUAUGUUGGAAAUGCCCUGUUCCAGAUGUACCUUGAAAUGGGGAAGUUCCGGGCUGCGGAAGAUCUACUAAUUGCAGCAAGGGAACCCCCGGCCAGAUCCAAGGGCCACUAUGUGUUCCAUUACUAUCGAGGAAUCAUUAAAAUGCACCAAGAGGAUUUUAAAGAGUCCUAUCUGUCGCUGGAAAAGGCAUUUAAAUACGGAAGGUGGAGAAAGAUAAUGGCGCCUAUUUAUUUCACUUCAUCUUUACUUGUCAACAAGUCUCCCAAGAGUAUAUAUCUGGAGAAGUUUGAAUGCAGUUAUCUAUCCAAGCUGGCCUUUGUAAUUAGAGAAGGGAUGUACAUGGAUGUGGACGAUGCAGCCAGAGAAACACUCAAGGAGAUUAAAGACUAUAAUCUCGAUCGAAUAAUCUCAGCCCAUUGCCCGCUCGUGUGCUUUAACAACCUGGUAGACAAGAUUUACCAGCGGUACGGACACGACAGCAGACUCGACAUCCAGAGAAUUAUCGAGGAAUUACCGGAGAUAGACUUUAAAGAGAUCAUCUGCCUCCUGAGCAGUGUGAUUGGCUUUGGAAGACUAAGAGGGUACAUAUCGAUUGGUCGGAAGGUGGUAGUACUCAGCCGGGUAGAUCCUUUUCCAACACUUUCCAAAUGA